UUUUCAAUCAUAUUGAGAUGUUUUCGCCAAAUCCUCGUCCUAUUUCUCGAGAAGAGAUGCUUAGCUGGGAAUUAGACAUUGAAAGAGAAGGAUUUUAUAAUAAUAGGACAUAUAAAUGUAUUCUAGUUGAUCGACUGGUAUGUGUUGCUAUCGCAAAAUCAAUGCCUGUAUUCGAAAAAUUAUCUAUAACUGACAAAGUCCUCUGA